AACCGUGUAGUUGUCAUGGAAAAUCCGACGCAGUGUUCCCAGAAGACCGUCGGCGACAUUUCCCGUUUCAUCAUGCGGACUUUUGGUAAAAUAAAAGGAAAAGCGAUGUUGUCACUUGUGGUGGCAGUGGUGAUGUUGGCAGGACAGGCGCAAGCAGAAGAGCGGAUUUCCAGACAAGCGGUGACAUGCAGAGCUGGAACGACCUGCAUUCAGCUGACCAAUUGCCCUCGGCUCCUCUCCUUCCUCAACUUCCCGACGCCGCAGAACAUCCAGAUCCUGAGAAAUAACUUCUGCGGCUUCUCUGGGAGGAUUCCGUUGGACGAUUCGAAACCCAGACUGUGUUCGGAUGCGGUGGUGCGUUGAUCACUGACCGCUACGUAGUUACGGCCGCACAUUGCACUACUCCUCAAUUCACUUCCGGUCGUUUUGUCAGUGAUCCGCCUGGGAGAGCACAACCUGGUAACGGAGGAGGACUGCACCACGACAGGCAGCACCCAGCGUUGCGCGCCGCCCGUCCAGUCUUUCACGCCCGAGCAGAUCAUCCGGCAUCCAGACUUCGACAGGCGGUCCAGCGUCAGCGAUGACAUCGCUCUCAUAAGACUCGACAGGGCAGCAACCUUCAGUACAUACGUCCAGCCCAUCUGCAUCCCGCCCGCCGGCUUUGACAUCAGCACCUUCCUCGGCGGCCGGGAGGUGACCGUGGCGGGCUGGGGCUCCACCGAGAGGGGCCCGGACACGCAAGUGCUGCAGAAGGUUCUGAUUCCCUUCGUCGGCAAAGAGGAGUGUAACCCCCACUACGACAA